UCUCUCCUCGACGACCGCACUGACUGCAACCUGCCAAUAAGAGAGAGAGAGGGAGAGGGAGAGACACAGAGAGAGAGAAGCGUAGGCUACCGUUCUGUCAAACCUCCAUCCUUUUUUCCCAGACCUAUGAAUCCCUACACAUUUUCAGGAGGAUAGGGCGAAUUCCGAACUUUAUUCAACCGUCGCUCUUGUGCUGUUGUUUUGUGCGCAGUGGAUGUGUUUAGUGCAGCCGCAGACGCUCGAGCUUGUAGAGCAGGUGUGAGAGACAGCGGCGACCGCUCCUCUCCUCCCUGUUUCCAAGGGGAAAUGUCGAGCGAGAAGCCGGUUUCAGCACCACCGGGUUCUGCUUCUUCGCUCACGGACACAGACCGAGACUCCCAUCCUCCGCCGGGCUCCUCCGCGCAGCAGCCGCAACCAGCCGCCGCGGGCGCUGGCUCCGGCGCCACCGGGGAAAGGAUGGUGUCUGCAGCCGGCUCUAUGGUCCUCCCGGCCGGGGUGAUUAACCCCGCCGUCCCGAUCAGGAAUAUCCAGAUGAAAUUCGCCGUGCUAGUGGGCCUAAUCCAGGUCGGGGAGGUUAGCAACCGGGACAUCGUGGAGACAGUGUUGAACCUGUUGGUGGGAGGCGAGUUUGACCUGGAGAUGAACUUCAUCAUCCAGGAGGCAGAAAGCAUCGGCUGCAUGGUUGAGCUGCUCUCCCAUUGCGAGGUGACGUGCCAAGCAGAGAUCUGGAGCAUGUUCACCGCCAUCCUCCGAAAGAGCGUCCGUAACCUUCAGACCAGCACUGAGGUCGGCCUCAUCCAACAGGUGCUGCUCAAGAUGAGCACUGUGGACGACAUGAUUGCAGACCUCCUGGUGGACAUGCUGGGAGUCAUGGCAAGUUACAGCAUCACAGUCAAGGAGCUGAAGCUGCUCUUCAGUAUGCUGAGGGGAGACAACGGCAUCUGGCCAAGACAUGCUAUCAAGCUGUUGUCAGUGUUGAAUCAGAUGCCUCAGAGACAUGGUCCUGAUACCUUCUUCAACUUCCCAGGGCGCAGUGCGGCGGCUAUAGCGUUGCCACCUAUUGCCAAAUGGCCUUACCAAAACGGAUUCACCAUCAACACUUGGUUCAGACAGGACCCACUCAACAACAUCAAUGUGGAUAAAGAUAAACCAUACCUUUAUUGUUUUCGGACCAGUAAAGGAAUAGGUUACUCAGCUCACUUCGUGGGAAACUGUCUUAUUGUGACGUCAUUGAAAUCAAAAGGAAAAGGCUUCCAGCACUGUGUGAAAUAUGAUUUCCAACCCCGCAAGUGGUACAUGAUCAGCAUUGUCCACAUCUACAACCGCUGGAGGAACUCUGAGAUCCGUUGCUAUGUCAAUGGCCAGCUGGUCUCCUAUGGUGAUAUGGCCUGGCAUGUCAACACCAAUGACAGCUAUGACAAGUGUUUCCUGGGUUCAUCGGAGACAGCGGAUGCUAACAGGGUGUUUUGUGGUCAGCUGGGAGCUAUUUAUGUAUUCAGUGAAGCACUAAACCCCGCUCAGAUCUUUGCUAUUCACCAGCUCGGCCCAGGAUACAAGAGCACGUUCAAGUUUAAGUCUGAGAGUGACAUCCACCUGGCUGAGCACCACAAGCAGGUGUUGUAUGACGGAAAGCUGGCCAGCUCCAUCUCCUUCACCUACAACGCCAAGGCCACGGACGCCCAGCUUUGCCUAGAGUCCUCACCCAGGGAAAACCCCUCCAUCUUUGUCCACUCACCACACGCACUCAUGCUGCAGGAUGUGAAGGCCAUGGUUACCCACUCUAUCCAUAGCGCCAUCCACUCUAUAGGUGGCAUCCAGGUCUUGUUUCCUCUCUUUGCUCAGCUGGACUACAAACAACUUAAUGACAGCACCGUGGACACCACAGUCUGUGCUACUUUGUUGGCAUUCCUGGUGGAGCUGUUAAAAAGUUCCGUGGCUAUGCAGGAGCAGAUGCUUGGAGGGAAAGGCUUUCUGGUGAUUGGAUACCUGCUGGAGAAGUCGUCACGGGUCCACAUCACCAGGGCUGUGCUGGAGCAGUUCCUAUCCUUUGCCAAAUAUCUCGAUGGUUUGCCUCAUGGAGCACCACUCCUCAAACAGCUCUGUGACCACGUCCUCUUCAACGCUGCCAUCUGGAUACACACCCCUGCCAAGGUCUGUUUAUUUGUCCAUGUCUGCCGAGAUAUGCGCUUGUUUUCAUGA